CUCAGCAUCAUUCCACCGUGUCUCACGCAUCUACGACGAAUAGCAAGUCUUAUCUUCUAAAAUAAUCCAAAGAUUUCCCACAGUUUUGAGCAUUCUCUACAAAUUCUUGAGAAACGACGGCGCUUGAAACACUGCGAUUCGAACCUGAAUCCACACAUCUCUCGCCGAAAUCACAACAAUCAAGCGCAUACGCAUACGCCUGCGACUGAGUGAAACUUGUUCUACUGCACCGCCGUCUCAUCUCGACAAGAGCCAAGCGCCACCGGUUGUUGACAGCUUACCUGCUUUCUACGCGCAAUUCACACCAUGCGUCUCUCGAUCGCUUUCCUCUUCGCCUUCGUGGCUUGCAUCCUCGCUGUCGCUCCACCUCAGAAACCCGUCGUGGUGUCAUAUCCCGAGGACACUCCUGCCUCUGUCAUCGAAAAAGCCAUUGAGGAGAUCAAGAAAGAUGGCGGAAGCAUAACUCACGAAUACGCCUUGAUCAAGGGAUUUGCGGCCAAAGUAGCCCAAGCCACCCUCGAUAAGAUCUCUACAAUGUCUGAGAAAUUUGCCCCGUAUAUCGAAGAAGACGUCAUUGUCCGAAUCGACGGGUCAACAGAUGCAAAAGAUCAGUGAGCUUGUUGGGGUGAGCAAACAUCCUGCAGUCUCAGCACUCAACUACUUCAAUGCCGCCUGCUGUACAAGAGAGCUAGUAUGCAUGAAAAGGGGUUUAGGCGCUGGCGUUCACAGGGAUUGGGAGUUGAGAGGACAUUAUCAUAGAACUUUAACUGAAUCGGUCAGACUACGUACUGGAAAUAUGCAGGGUUCCCUUCCAGCGUGCUUCAUCUGCUAUCCUUCAAAAACAUACAUUUACCUCAGGC